UCGUACACGCAAACUGUAUCCCAAUCGUUCAACUCUCACCAUUCUCAACAAAAUAAAGUAUUACUCUUCUUCCCUUGGCACCAGCCCCUUGAUAAAUUCAAGUAUUCAACACACAAAUCCGAUCGACAAGCGAAUCCUUUCUUUCUCCAUUCCCACUGCUCGGCAUACCGUCCUGCCCGCUGCCCGCCUUUUUCCCUCCUUUCCCACUAGCCCCUCUCUCUCUAUAUAAACCUCCACGCAUUGACCGUAACCUUUUAAUCUCAAAAUGUUCGUCAAACUCACCGUCACCGUUCUUUUCUUUCUAUGCGCCGUCGCUUAUUCUCGUACUCCGUCAGAUCUACCAGAUGGGGACUUCACUCUACCCGAAUUACCAAGAUCCGAUCCGAAAGCCACGCCUGUUCUCUUCCUCCCAAGCCAGAAACCCGAAACUAGUGAGCCCGCAACUGAAAUAAAGUAUCCAGCUGAUGUAGAAAUCGAGGAGCAAAAGGAACCAGGAUCAUCAUCAACGGAGGUGAACACGGAAUCGAUUGAGAAAAAGGUGCCGCUAACAGUCGUGACUUUCCGUCCAACAAACCUUCACUUCUUGCCUCGACGCCCGUUACUCCCGGUACGCCAUCGUCACGGAUGCCGUCACGGGCACAAUAUGAUGAAGCCGCGUUUCUACGGUAAUGAUAUGGUUGUAUCCGGUGAGAAGGAUGAUGGUUUUGAACUUGGUGAUCAUCAGGCGACACGUGGCGUUGUUAGGCAGAUUCCUGCUAGGUGGACUAGGUUUCACCACGGGGGUCAGAAGUUUUCUUUCUAUGAUGACGUGGCAAAUGGAGAGGAGAGGGAGUGGGGCCACAAGAUGCAUCAUAAGCACCACCAUGAUCACGAGGAGCAUGAGCAUGAUCACGAGGAGCAUGAGCAUGAGCACGAUCACGAGGAGCAUGAGCAUGAGCAUGAUGACGAGGGGCAUGGGCAUGAUCACGAGGAGCACGAGCACGAGGAGCAUGGGCGUGGGCGUGGGCGUGGGCGUGAUCACGAGGAGCACGAGCACGAGGAGCGCGGGCGCGGGCGCGGGCAUGAGCAUGAGGGGCAUGGGCACGAGCACGAGCACGAGGAGCAUGGGUAUGGGCACGAGCACGAGGAGCAUGGGCAUGAAUGGGGAUUGUCCGAGGGGAUUCGCAAGUUUUUGAAGCAUAAUUUUUGAGGAGAUUUGGAAGGUAUUAAUGUUAUUAGAAAUAUAUUAUGGGGGUGUUUAAUUAUGUGUUUUGUUUUGUGGUGUGGUUAUGUAAUGUAAAUAACAUCGGCAUCCUAUGAGAUGUAUCGUAGAAUACAUGUUUUAGUUUUAGUAGAAGCUUUUAAAUAAUGCUGCUGCGGCGGCGUUGCAGCCA